CAUGAAGCAUAUCAACCACUUUACAAAAUAUAAAAAUAUGACAAACUCAACACCCUCAGAUUUUCGCAGUGAAAACCAAUCAGAUCAGCGAAAAAUACCGUUUUCCGAAGUGGUGAUCACAAGAACGAGGAACCAUUUUUUUGGCCGAAAAUGGAAAACAGCAGACAUCCAAGUGGCAUCAUGGUUCAUUUUUGUUCAUUUACUUGCUCUUUUUGCACCAUUUGCAUUCACUUGGGAAGCUUUUUGGAUCGCAAGUGUUGGCUGCUUGCUAACAGGAAUGUUAGGCAUAACUCUAAGUUAUCACCGACUUUUAUCCCACCAUAGUCUCAAACUCCCUAAAUGGCUCGAAUAUUCAUUUGUUUACUUUGGAGUCCUAGCCGCCCAGGGAGAUCCAAUAUUUUGGGUGAGCAAUCAUAGAUUCCAUCACAAAUACGUUGAUUCAGAUAAUGAUACACAUUCUCCAAAAAACGGGUUUUGGUUUAGUCAUAUUGGUUGGAUGUUUGAUAGUGGGUACUUGGUUGAAAAGUAUCAAGAACGAAAAAACGUUGAAGAUUUAAAAAAUCAGAUGUUCUAUGUAUUCAUACAUAAAACUUACAUGUGGCAUUUAUUUGGAUGUGGUGCUCUCUUAUAUGCAUGUGGUGGAUUUUCUUAUGUGGUUUGGGGAAUGGGUGUGAGAAUUGUAUGGCUUUACCACAUCACCUUCUGUGUGAACUCUGUAUGUCACAUAUGGGGAAACCAAACUUGGAAUACAAGUGAUCUCUCCAAAAAUAAUUGGUGGGUAGGAAUUCUUGCGUUUGGAGAAGGAUGGCACAACAAUCAUCAUGCAUUUGAGUAUUCAGCUCGACAUGGAUUUGAGUGGUGGCAAAUUGACGUUACUUGGUACAUCAUAAAGUUUCUUGAAGCCAUUGGGUUGGCCACCAACAUCAAAGUUCCGACUAAUCUCCAAAAGUUUAAGAAAUCAAUUUUCAGUUCGGAUGAUACAUUUAAUGAUUAAUCACUUUGUUUGUGAUUAAUCAUUUUGUUUGUAGCCAGAAGCAGAUUCACAUGGGUGCACAGGGUAUAUUUAUGUUACACAGUAUCAUUAAGUAAAAUAAACAUUAGAGGUGAUCAAUUUUAUGCACAUGAGUGUAUACGCAUCAUGGAUUUGAUUGUUAUUACUAGUCUCUCAUUGAUAUAGAAUUCCUUAUUUUAUGUGUUUUUUUUGGUUGGAAAUAAAUCUAUAAGUUGAACAUGUAUAUAUUCUUUAA